AUUAAUGUAUUGUGUUUUAAAUUGUUCAAACAAAGUUUUUGAAGAAAAUUAAAAUACAUUUUUGUUUUAAAAAUAGUUAUAAAUCAUAGAUUACCAAGGUAAUAUAAUGGUUUUGGAAUAUUUGCCAUAUCGUGAUGCAUUGGCAUCGUGAGCCAAAUACUGUACACAGCAGGUGUUUCGCUGAGUUUUAAAUGAGCUCCAUUUAAAACUAAAAAUCUGGAAGUCAGAAGACAGAAAAGACAGACCACAAGCACCCAACCUCUGCACAAAGAAAUAAAAAAAAGAGACAUGAUGGUGAUAAGACAGAGGAAAAGGCAGGAAACAUCACAGAAGCCUGACAGGAAAGGAUACAUACAUUAUUUAUUUCAUUUUUGAUUUGUUUGUCCCCUCUGAUUCAGUCUGAAACUUAAGCCUAGAUUGUACAAUCACUAACAAUUGAUUACAGCUAAAAACGUGUUCUUUUGUUGUGUGUGUUUGUUUUGUUUUAUUUUAAUUUUUUAUUUUAUUUUAUUUGUGAACCGUUAAAAUCUAUAUCUGUUCCCGCCAACUGAGUAGCUGGGUGAGGCUUCUCGGCUCCAGCGAGCGUGCACGUGACUCAGCGAAAACUGAGGGUGUAAUUCCUCCUCCAUUCUGUAGGGGUCUCAGUACUCCUCAUGGUACACAGGAAGACAUAUUUGUUUUUGUCACGUGAUAGGAAGUGAGUACUAAACUCACUAAACUGUUACGCUGUGAGUUUGGUGUCGUCGAAAAGACUGUCAUACAUGAAGGGGGAAGAAGGACCGCUGCUUAUGAAAUAUUUCCGAACCUCUCGCCUGUCUAUCCGAACCAGCAGCAACUUGUCGGUGUCUCCGCGCGCACGGGCCGGCUUAUCUUGAUCUCGUAUGCUAAAUUUGGCUAACAGGCGGACUUGGGGGAUCCAACCUUGGCCGUCCUGUCAGCAGAACGUCGCCGUGCUGAUGGUUCGUUGUCCUGACCUUUUUCUCCGCUGAGCUCGCGUUGGGUCUGCAGUAGUAACUGAUGAGCAGCGGACAGGCGGAGCCGAGUUGUCGCUGUCCCCGUUCUUCUGUCUGCAGCGCUUCGCUCAGUCGGAGUCCACCAUCGUUAGUGUUGCUAACCGGACUUGGACCGGAGCAAGGCCCAUGAGACGGCAUUCAAAGCCUCCCCUGUGAGGCCAGCAACCACGAGGGUUGUGCUGUGUACCUCCACUGACAGUGAAGCCCCCACACCUGCAGGAUGCUGGAGGGACUGGUGGCCUGGGUGCUGAACACGUACCUCGGCAAAUAUGUCAGCAACUUAAAUACGGACCAACUGUCCAUUGCCCUUCUCAAAGGUGCGGUGGAGCUGGAAAACCUCCCCCUGAGGAAAGAUGCUCUGCGGGAGUUUGACCUGCCUUAUGAAGUGAAAACAGGCUUCAUCGGUAAGAUAACCCUUCAGAUUCCGUUCUACCGGCCUCACAGCGACCCGUGGGUCAUCUCCAUGUCCCAGCUCAACCUCAUCAUCGGCCCCACCCCGCCACAAGAGUAUGAUGAAGAAAAGGAACGAGAGGAUGAAAACGAACGCAAGAAACGCCUCCUGAAGGCCCUGGAGGACAAGUUUAAAUGUGAAUGUGAACAGAGAGGAGAAUCCUACUGGUACUCGGUCACAGCGUCUCUCGUCACCAGGAUUGUGGAAAACAUUGAGUUGAAGAUCCAAGAUGUGCAUCUCAGAUUUGAGGACGACUCUUCCAACCUGGAGAAGCCUUUCUCUUUUGGGGUUUGCAUCAACAACGUUUCUGCUCAGAACCCCACCAAGGAGAUGGUCCAGAAGCUCCUCAGACAAAAGCAGCUGGAGAUUGAAGACUUCAGUGUUUACUGGGACACGGAGUGUGAAAUGCUUGAAAAGCUCCCGGCCAAUCAGAUUCAAGACGCUAUGACCCGCUGUAUGCAGAACCGAGACCACCAGUAUAUCUUUGAACCCGUCUGUGCUUCUGUACUGGUAAGAAGAAAUGCAUCGAAGGAGCCUCUGAGGUCAAGGAGCACUCCUCGGAUUGAAGGCCUGGUCCAGCUGGAACCCAUGUCUCUACGCCUUUCACAGGUCCAGUACCUGCAGAUCAUGACGUUCCUUAAAGAGCUAGACCGCAGAGAGCGAGGGAUGCUUUACAGAAAAUGGAGACCCAAAGUCCCAAUUCUCAGCAACUGCCGGCAGUGGUGGAUGUUUGCUAUUGAGGCUAACCUGAACGUCAUUAGGGAGCAACGGCGGCGAUGCAGCUGGAUGUUCUCCCUCCAGCGAGCCCGAGACGCUCGGACCUACACCAGCCUCUACUUCACCAGGCUGAAGGGAAUUUCUUUAAGUCCUCUCGAGGAGAGUGAGCUGAAGCGAGUGGAGGAAGAGCAGACGUUUGAGGAGCUUCACAGUCUUAGAGAGCUUGUGUACGACUGGUUUCGACAGCAAGAAGACUCCACUGAGAAAAUAAAAGAGCCGAGUGUUGAGUGUCAGCCUGAUGCACCCGUCACAACCAUUCAGAAAAGUGGGAGCUCAGGGAUGAUCCAGUACCUCCAGUCCUGGUUCCCUGGUUGGGGCGGCUGGUACGGAGAUUCUGAGAACCUGGUCAGAUCUGAGGAACCUUUGCCAAGUCCUUCGUCCUGGGAUAUUCUAGCAGAGACAGAAGACCUGUUUGACCCGCUGGAGGACUCCCACACUCUGAACACGUUCACCAGACGGGAUCACAUGUUUGCCCGGCUGGAGUUCCUGCUGGAGAAGGGGACCAUCAUGCUCUUUGAACAGGACAGGAGGGGUCCGGUUCUGCAUGAGAGUGGGGUCAUCCAGCUUGAAUUCUCUGUGGUGAAGGUGGUAGUGGAGUCCCUCCCUCGCUCAGAGUCCUCCCUGCUGUCUGUGAAGCUGGGCAAUUUGUUCCUGAGAGAUUUGACCACUCAGGGUUCCAUCUUCCCUGUGCUGAUGUCACCCAAAACCGAUACAAUUGUCACCAUUAACCAGUCACCACUGCAGUCCACCAUUGUUUCUGAAUCCAGAGUCGAGUCCACAUCUCCAGUGUUUGAAAUGAUAUAUGAGCGAAACCCUGCAAAAUCUAAGUUUGAAAGAAGACUUGAAGUCCGGACGAGUCCACUGAACAUCAUCUACAACCCUCAAGCUAUUAAAAAAGUCACAGAGUUCUUCUACAAAGGGAGGGUCCACACCUCAGGUUUUGGAUAUCAGUCAGAGCUGGAGCUGAGAGUAGCAGAAGCUGCCAGGAGGCAAUACAACAAGCUGAAGAUGCAAACCAAGGCAGAAAUCCGACAAACCAUUGACCAGCUUCUUGUGGGAGAAUUCAUUGAAAACGGCAAGCGUUGGACGAUGAAACUUGACAUCUGUGCACCUCAGGUGAUUUUCCCGGAUGACUUCCAGUCAGGAGACCCUGUGCUUGUUGUGGUGGAUUUAGGCAGAAUCCUUCUGACAAAUUCUCAAGAUGACAGUGCCGUCAGCUCAAAAUCUGCUGGGCCUGAAGGGGAAGACAUGAGUGAUGAUGAGUACCAGACACCGCUUGCUACGCCACCAGAAUCUCCACCACCUGAACUCGACUUGCCUUUAAAAGUGCAGCUUAAAAAUCCUGAGGUUCCCAGUCUUAAAAUCCCAGAGGCCGCUCAAGCUUACAGUCGGAAACUGUAUGAAAAAUACUGCCUGUCCUUCAUGGACCUGCAGAUAAUGGUCGGUCGCUACAAGGAUAACUGGAAACACCUUCAGGAAGGAGAAGUAGGGCCAACACAUGUAGUUGAAAAGUUCAACGUGCUGCUACAGCUCGAGCAGAGGCUGCGCUACACCUCGGAUCCCCAGCUGCCCGGCGCUGUGCUUUCAGGGACGCUGCCGGACCUCAAGGUUCAUAUCAACCUGGAGAAGAUGACUGCCCUUCAAAGCUGCCUCACAAGGCUUAGCAGUCCAGCUCCAAGUGAAACAGACAAAUUCAUGGAGAGAGAUCCAAAUGUGAGAUCUCCUGAUCCUGUUCCCCAGGACAAAUUUUUUUUCAGGGGUGACAGCUCAUUGAAACUGCAAGGUUCUGCCAAGAAUCUUACCCAGAGUGUGAUGACAUUAGAGCAACAUACACGUGAAGUCCUGGUGGAAUCUCGCCUGCUGUUGGCUGAAUUCAAGGUGGACUACAUGCAGCUUGGCGUGGAGAGUGAAGGUCGCUACAUAUCUGUUCUCAAAGUGUUUGGCACAAAUGCACAUUUCGUAAAGCGGCCGUACGAUGCUGAAGUUUCUUUAACAGUUCAUGGCCUUCUCUUGGUGGACACUAUGCAGACCUAUGGGUCCGACUUUGACCUUCUUGUUGCCUCUCAUAAGCACCUAGGCUUCGAUCUUCCCACUGGCAGCCUGAAAGAAAGCCAGCCAUCUUCUCCUGACUUGUGCAACAACAGUUCCUCUGAGCAUCAAGAGACGCUUCCUGAGUUGUCCUCAAAUAUCUCCAUUGGAAACACAUCCCCGUUCAGUUCUAUUCUCAAAGAUGAAGAUGCACUUAUCAAACUGGAGUAUCAGUUUGUGAGCUCAGACUGUCCCUCCAUGAACCUUGACAGCUCCCUUCAGGUCACAAGUGUACAAGUCAACAACUUGGACAUCAUUCUUAACCCUGAGACCAUAGUGGAGCUGCUAAAAUUCCUUCAGAAGUCUUUUCCCAAAGAAGACAGCUCUACGCCUUCAUCAGUUCAACAACACCCAACACAUCUUCACGAUGAAGAGGAGGACAGGACAUUCCAAGCCACUUAUGACCAGAACAAAGAGCUAACCAUAGAGAUCCACAGACUGAACCUGCUUCUCCUCCGGACGGUGUCCACUGGCACUUCUUUGGGUGCUGAGAAGAGAGGACUGAAGAUAGCCACUGCCAGCAUCGCUGGAACCAAGGUCAACGUCUCAAUGGGAAGUACCUUUGAUGUGAGUGGUUCACUUGGAUCCAUGCAGCUGGGAGACCUGACCCAGGAGGGGAACCGCAGCCAGUUCGUGGUCAGCAUUGGUAGUAUUGAAGGGAACUCCUCAGAUCUUGAUGGAUUAACAUUUCUCUCUGAUGCAAGUGGAUCCCAAACAGAUGCUUUAAACUUCCGCCUUCUGGAGCAGUCCAGAGGGGAGUGUUCGCUGAAACUCCACAUGGCAUCUCUUCACUACAACCACUCCGCCAAGUUCCUUCGAGAGCUUAGUCUGUCAGCCAAUGAACUGGAAGAUAAUUUCCGUUCCAUGUUGAAAAAUGCUGCCACCAAAGUAUCAACAGUUCUGGUCUCUAAAACAGCUGAAUACAGCGGUAUGGUGUCACUCUUUGAGACUCCAUUGAAAAAAUCCAGAACCUUUAGCCACAGCUGGCCAUUUGAGGAGGAAGAGGAGAUUGCUGUUGAGGAACCUGAAUCCUCACUUAAUGAUUUCUCAGUCAAGCUGAACUUAAACAUCAACAUCGAAUCUCCAGUUGUGUCCAUUCCUCGUAAAUUUGGACAUCCUGAGCUGCUGGUUGGUCAUUUGGGAAGCAUAAGAAUACGCAAUUUGCUUAAUAGCCAGGAUUUACCUGGGGAGACCUUGCAGGUGUUGGUGAAGGACAUUCGUCUGUAUUCACUCAACAUGAGUCAUUUGGUUCCAAAAAGAGCACCCAGAGGGGAGAAAGCUGAUGGUGUGUCGAGAUCCUGCACAAACCAAGAAGAAGCACCGUUCACUCGUAACGACUUCUUCGAGUCCCUGAGCAGAGGACAAGCCUUCCAUAUACUAAAAGACACUACUAUUCAGUUUACUGUGGAGAAACUUCCUCUUGAUGAAGACGCCCAGCUUAGCCUAAAUACCACAGAGGAAUCAUACACAAGCAUGGGGCAACUGAGGAUUCAGGGGGAAUUUGUCACCCCUGUUCAGGUCUUCUUGUGCAAGCCUGUGUAUGAACAAGUCCUCCAAACUUUGGACAACCUGUUCUUGAUCGAGGAGCAACACACUAUGCCCAGCCAGCCACCCACCCCCCCACCACCAACGCCUUCCUCUGUCAGACUCCACUGCUUUCCUGACCCCCAAGGGGGGCUGUUUGCUAGGGACCCCCCAAGUGUUAACUUUUCCCAUUCGUCACUUUCCUCUCCUUUGUCUUUACAGUCUCAGAAACCUGCCCUUUACUCCUCCUCCUUUACUCAGUUAAAGGUCAACCUACAUGUUUCAGAACUCCAGGUCCAGCUUAGUGCAGACCUGACUCAGGGAUCCCAAGGCUUAGUUAGUGUUCGCUUCCAAGAUCUUGAAGGAGACUUUACCAAAGACCAUCCUAACUCGCUGAGGGUCCAGCUGGCUCUCCGUGCAGUUCUGAUGGAAGACCUACUGGAACAGAACCCCAAGUCUAAGUACAAAUAUUUGAUGGUGUCUCGUGGAGCUCCCAAGCCCUCCACAUUCAGCCCAAAGGAGUACCUGUCCCAGAGCUGUCCCUCGUCCUCCAACGCCUUUUACCCAGACAUGCCUCGCUCACUGCCAGCACACAUGGAGGAGGCCCAGAAUGUGUUUCAGCUCUACCAGAGACAUUCCAGCACCCCAUCGAAUAGCAACCGCAAGUCCAAGAAGGACCCAGAAUGUCCCAGCACUCCCCCACCUUCUCCUUUGCACCGCAAAGCCUCUCUUCAGCCUUCAGACUUUGAUGACUCUUUGGUUCAUAUUAAUGUUUUACUAGUGGACCAGAACCACCCAGAAUUCAAAACGCGUUAUGGCAGCGUGGGGCGAAGUGUGGACAUAGACUUCAACUGCCUGGAUGUUCUGAUCACUCUUCAGACCUGGGUGGUUAUUCUGGACUUCUUUGGUAUUGGAUCCACAGCCAGCAACCAUGCAGUGAAGGAGGAGACCCCCCCCCAAGCAGUACCAGACGUCCCACUGUAUGAUCCAGAUGGGGAUGAAGCAGUGCAACCCGUCAACACAAAAAUUGACCUAAAGGUUCAUUCUUUGUCUCUUGUUCUGAACAAAAAGCUCAAUGAGCUCGCCAGAGCCAGCGUGUCCAAUUUAUCUGCUCAUCUUGAGAUGCUUGACGGGGACAUGUCACUGCAUGGGAGUUUGAGAAGUUUGUCGAUGAGUGACCUGACCCCUCACGGGACCUUGUAUGGAGAACGCUUUACCACCCAAGGAGGGGAUGCUCUUGUUUUUAACAUCCUCAAGUACGGUCAGCCUGAUCCUCACUUGGAGAGAGAAUGUGACAUCAUGGUGAGCCUGCAGAUGGCCUCAGUGCAGUACGUGCACACCCAGCGCUUCCAGGCCGAGCUGGUAGCGUUCAUUCAUCAUUUCACUCAGCUCCAGGACAUUCUGGGCCGGCAGAGGGCUGCCAUGGAAGGCCAGACUGUUCGUGAUUCUCCCCAGCGGGCCUCCAGGGUGCUGCUUGACAUCGAGGCCGGUGCUCCAGUUAUCGUCAUCCCUGAAAGCUCACAGUCACCGCGAGUCAUCGUAGCCAACUUUGGCCAGCUCAGGGUGAAAAACCGCUUUCUGCCGGCCGGAGCUAGCGGGACAUUUUCGCUCCGAGACAAGGUAGAGAAACUCACCAUGGUACAUGCCUUUUUCCCUUCACUGGACACAGUGAAGAGCACAGCAGAGAACAGUGAUGGACAGGACUUGCCAGAAGGCUCUGUCCCCAACUCUUCAAACUCCACCUUCAAUAGACCCUGCAGCCUGAACACAACUGGAGUUCCUGAUAAGACUAGACCUGGCAGUUCAGCGGAGCAUUCAUGCUUGUUGGACUGCAUGGCUCUGGACCUGCAGGAGAUGGACAUCUUUGCUGCUGAGCGUUUCCCUUGUUGCCUGUGGGACAUUGGAAGCAACACGGAGUCUUCUGAUGUCGUCUUUCCUUCAUACUUUGUGCGUCGCACUGGAGACAACCUGCUGAAGGACUGCUGCCGCCUCAGACUUAAAGUAGAACGCAAUCUGGACAGGGAGCUGUGCCAUGCAGUGCCUGACAUGUCCAUUCAUGGCAGCCUUUCGUCGGUGCACUGCUCUCUGGACAGGAAGCACUACCAGCUGAUACGAGGGCUGCUGGAAAACAACCUGGGAGAGCCGGUGGAGGAGUUCUUGCGACCCUACAAUCUUCAAGACCCCAGCAGCUAUACGGUGUUAAGUGGAGAUGUCUACACCAACCUGUCUUUUCUGAUGAACAUGAUGGAUGUCAGCUUAGAGCUCUUGGAGAGCUCCAGCCACACUCAACACAGAGGGUCAUUAGGAAGGUUUGACUUUGUAAAGUCAAAGUUGCUUUUUGAAAGCUUCUCCAAUGGAUCAAAGUCAGUAAACCUGGUGUCUCACUCCCUGCUGGCCAAUGACACUCGCUACAGCGAGCCAAACAGAAGAGCUGAUGGGUCUCGGCCCAACGUGUUUGACUGCAUCCUCCAGCCUUCCAAGACGGGAACCAACCGAGCUUCCCUGCAGCUUGAGUUGCAUUAUCGAUCCACGCGGGAAUCCUCCUGCUUCACGGUGGUUCUCAAUAACCUCAGGGUCUUCCUCAUCUUUGACUGGCUGCAGUUGGUCCGAGACUUCUUGCAGAUGCCGGAUGAGAAACGGUCCGGUGGAUCCAAGUCUAGACAGAGAUGGUCCAGUUACAGCAGCACAGAAUCAGGAGCCCUUGCCACUGUCAUGCCAAAGACAGUAAAGACUGGAGUUGUAACCAAGAGGUCUACCGUGCCCGUCACCCAGGACCACUGUUUGGAGGUUAAGAUUAAUGUGACAGGUACGGAGUUUGUUGUGGUGGAGGACCGUUCCUCUCUGGAAUCAAAUGCCAUAAUUUUAAAGGGCACCACUGUCCUGACUUACAAGCCUCGCCUGCUGGACAGACCAUUUUCUGGCAGCUUGGCUGGAGUUGAGGUAUUUUCGUGUCGGCUGGGCAGCGAGCAGGAGACGGCGCUCUCCAUCAUCGACCCUGUCAAUGUACAGGUGGACCUGUGCGGGAGCCCCACUUACCAGACUAGCUCAGGCCUCCUGGACGCUUUCAAUGUGGAAGACAUCCCUCCUUUGCUGGAGAUUCAGUUUCCUGCUCUGGACAUCCGCCUCUCCUACAAUGACAUCCUGCUCUUUCUGGCUAUCGCCAAGUCAUUCCCCACCGCAAGUUCUAUACUUUCACCUGACACUGAUCGUGUUGAUGCCAGCCCGCCACCUUCAGACCCCUUCAGUCAGAAGACCAGUACCAUCUCAGAAACUCAGCUGAGCCACUUACUAGACCUUGGCUUCAGGAGAGAGGACUGCAAACGAGCUCUAAUCCACUGCAAAGGCCAUUUAGAUCUUGCUGCCACUUGGCUGCUGGAGAAUGCAGAAAACGUGGUGGGACAUUCCAGAACCACGCCGGACUCUGGUUCCAGCAGUCACUCAGCUCCUCUGUCUGGGGUGGAGAUCAAGGCUGAGAAUCUGUGUAUCUGCUUCAUUGAUGACUGCCUGGACUGUGACAUCCCUCUUGCUGAGCUCACCUUCUCCAGGUUAUGUGUGCUGCAGCGCAUCGGAUCCGUACAAGAAGGCAACGCCAACUUCACUCUUUCUGGAGACUACUACAACCGAGAGCUGUCAGGUUGGGAACCUUUCAUCGAACCAUGGCCCUGCUUCCUGUCCUGGCAGCAGCAGGCGGCCGGUCGCCUCCACCCUCCACGGUUUAAGAUGGGGAUUCGGUCCAAGCAGAGACUAGAUGUUAACAUCUCCUCUGUUUUGCUAGAACAGUACAAAACCACCAAGAGUUCCUGGAUGGCUGAUUACUGUCGAGAGGAAGAGCACACCCCCAGCUCCUCAUCCUCCCCUCCCUGGAUGGGCUCCUCUGUUGAGCCCCCUAGCUUUGGACAAAAUGCACCACUGGCCCACCUUCGAACACGGAGUGCAGUUAACGUGGCUGGCCUCCAGGAGCACGUUCACUGCACAGAUGUUAGGAUGUCAAAGAGGAGGCAGCCGUUUGUGCCUUAUGCGUUGCGGAACCACACAGGAUGCACCAUGUGGUUUGCCACUCUGACUACAACACCAACGAGGGUGGCGUUGUCUCACAGCAGCAGCGCAGAUUCUAUCUCAGACAUCCACAACUCUGGAGUGGACGACAGCCACAACGUCAGCCAAUGGAGGGAGGUGUUGCCCGGGGAGGAGCUUCCAUUUGAGUUUGAAGCGCGCGAGAAGCUGCGUCACCGACACACUCACGAGCUGAAGCUGCACCAGCUGCUGGUCCGGGUUUGUGGUUGGGAGCAAGUCAAGCCGGUAUCUGUUGACAAAGUGGGCAUCUUCUUCCGCUACGCUGCCCCUGACAGGAACAGCUCUUCCAGCAUUGUGGGGAGCCCCAUUAGCAGGACCAACAUCAUCCACCCUCAUGUUUAUUUCUCGGCACUGCCCCCUGUCAGGGUCGUGUUUGCCAUCACAAUGGAGGGCAGCGCUCGGAAGGUGAUCACUGUGCGCUCCUCCCUGAUGGUGAAGAACCGGCUGGACGUUCUGAUGGAGGUCAGACUCGACAGCCCCUCAGCCCCCGACAAACCGGUGGUGUUACCUCCCAUUCUACCUGGCCAGGCCUUGGCAAUCCCUCUCCACCUGACGUCUUGGCGACUGCAGGCCCGCCCGAAAGGCAUGGGCUUGUUCUUCUGCAAAGUUCCAGUCCACUGGACCAGCGUGGAGCGACCUGAUGAGAUCAGUAGCAGCAAGAGGGAAUGUCAGUCAGCAGACUACGACGACAGCCACAAGCAAAACUUCAGGUUCUGUGUGGUCAUCAAAAAGGAGAACUACCCAGACCAGCUGCCGGCCAAGAGGCAGGUGUCUGGCGGUACACAGGAGAUCUAUCGCCAGCCUGGCCACACCAUUUACCUCCUGCCUACAAUGGUUCUGGUCAACCUGCUGCCCUGUGAGCUGAACUACUACAUCAAAGGAGUGCAUAUCAAGGGCUCGCUGAAUUCUGGAAAGGAGGCGGUUUUGCAUUUGGCUGACACGUCUCAGAACCUGGAGUUGGGAGUCUUGCUGGAGAGCUUUCCAGUGUGCAAAGAGCUGCUGAUUCCUCCUGGCACUCAGAACUAUGUGGUCCGCAUGAGGCUCUACGACACAGAGAAACGUCUUCUGUGUCUCACCAUCCGGAUCAUCCUGCGAGCACAAGGCGCUCUGAAGAUUCUCAUUUCUGCCCCUUACUGGCUUAUCAACAAAACUGGUCUUCCACUGAUUUUCCGCCAGGACAAUGGAAAGUCAGACGCAGCGGGACAGUUUGAGGAGCACGAGUUAGCCCGGAGCCUCAGUCCUUUACUCUUCUGCUACACUGACAAAGAGCAGCCGGCCAUGUGUACAAUGCGGAUUGGAAAAGGAAUCCACCCAGAUGGAGUUCCAGGCUGGUGCCAAGGCUUCUCCUUGGAUGGAGGAAGUGGAGUGAGAGCAGUAAAAGUAAUCCAGCAUGGGAACAGGCCUGGCCUCAUCUACAACAUAGGGAUCAGUGUACGAAAAGGGAAAGGGCAGUACCGAGACACACACAUUGUGACUUUUGCCCCACGCUACCUCCUGGAUAAUAGAUCAACCCACAAACUAGCUUUUGCACAGAGAGAAUUUGCAAGAGGAAAGGGGGCAAGCAACCCAGAUGGUUAUAUCUCCACGCUUCCGGGCUCCAGCGUUGUCUUCCACUGGCCUCGAAAUGACUAUGACCAGCUGCUGUGCGUGCGUUUCAUGGACGUCCCGAACUGCACCUGGAGUGGAGGCUUUGAGGUCAACAAGCCAAAGUCCUUUCACAUUAAUAUGAGGGACACCUUGGGAAACUGUUUCUUCCUGCGGACCGAGAUCACCCUAAAGGGAGCCACCUAUCAGAUCUCUUUCACCAAUUCUGAGCAGCUGCCACCACCCCUUCGUAUCGACAACCUCUCUGAGGUUCCAAUCCAGUUUUGGCAGCACGGCGUGGCUGAUCUCCGGCUGCACACUGAAGUGAAGCCCAUGUCGGUACUGGACUACGCCUGUGAUGAGCCCACGCUGCCGCCAUACCUCACUGUCACCGUGAAGGGAGCAGGAUCCUCUGAUGUCACAGCUGACAUGAACUUUUUUAAAGAGUUCAACAAGCUUUAUUAUGAGAACUUCAUCUACAUCGCAGCCACUCACACCUUUUCACAGACUGCUGAGACGAGGCCUGUUGGGAAGAAGCGCCUGAUGAGCUGUUUAGAGCUGGUUCUUGAUGUUGACACAAAGACUCAAAGAGUCAUACUGAGAAAAAAGGAACCGGGGAAGCGCUCCCAGCUUUGGAGGAUGACGGGUACUGGAAUGCUUUGCCAUGAAGGCUCGUCUCCACCACAGAACAAGCCAACCCAGCCUCGUCCCCUGGACUCGUCCUUGGUGCUGGACAUUGCUGGUCUCGCAGCCGUUAGUGACAACAGUUUUGAACCCCUAAUGUUGCGAAGGCCCGACUCACGCCGCAGCACAACUCAGACGUGGUACUUCAGUUCAGGCAUGCUUACCUGUGGCCUUCCUCGACUGGUGGUGCAGGUGAAAGGUGGCAUAGCAGGCCUUUAUGAUGGUGCUGAGGUGGUACUCGGACCAGAUUCUGGUCUGGCAGCACCAGGCCCAGAACAACAGUUCAUUAACCAGAAGAUGCGGCCCGGCUCGGGGGUGCUGUCGAUUCAAGUCAUUCCAGAUGGACCAACGCGAGUUCUUCAGAUCAGUGACUUCAAUCAGAGAAGAACAAUCCGGUCCUCAGCCAGCAAUGAACCUGAAGAAAGCACUGAGGAGGCAAAGAGCAAAUCACAUAAGCAGGAGCUGGAGGUGAUGGUCAACUUGGAGGAGGGUCUGGGCAUUUCUCUGGUCAAUAAGUUGCCUGAAGAGCUGGUGUUUGCUACACUGUUUGGUGUUGACAUCCACUUCACACGCACUGUAACCAAUGAGGUUCUAGAACUGAGUGUCCAGAACAUCCAGGUGGAUAACCAACUGCUUGGCAGUACCCAACCAGUCAUGCUGUGCGUGACUCCCCAUUCUAGUGACAGCAACUUGAAUGAAAGUGGCCCCGCCCUGCAGGUCAACUCCGUCAAGGUUCCCAGCUCUCUCAUCCUCACAGAACUCUUCAAGCACCUGAUGGUGACAGCCCAACGUUUCACUAUUAUCAUCGAGGAGAAGCUGCUGCUCAAACUGCUCAGCUUCUUUGGGUAUGGAGAGGCAGAAGCUGAGCUGGAAAUGCUGGAUGAAAGUGUUCCUGAGAGGCCCAGUGAGGAGGCAGGUCCUCCCAAACGCUACUACUUUGAGAACCUGAAGAUCAGCCUCCCUCAAAUUAAACUCAGUGUCUUCACGUCCCAAAAACUGCCUCCUGAUUUAAAGGCCCUGAAAGGGACUCUGGGGUUUCCUCUGGUUCGCUUUGAAGAUGCCGUCAUCAACAUGUACCCGUUCACCAGAGUGCACCCCUAUGAGACCCAGGAGAUCAUCUUUAAUGACAUCCUUAAGCACUUCAGGGAGGAGCUAAUGAGCCAAGCAGCUCAGAUCCUUGGCUCUGUAGACUUCUUGGGAAACCCCAUGGGCCUUCUUAACGAUGUCACCGAAGGCGUGUCUGAGCUCAUCAAGUAUGGAAAUGUGGGGGGUCUCAUUCGCAACGUCACCCAUGGCGUCUCCAACUCCGCUGCCAAGUUUGCAGGGACUUUAUCAGACGGACUCGGGAAGACGAUGGACAAUCGCCAUCAAAGUGAACGAGAAUACAUCAGAUACCACGGCGCAACCAGUGGAGAGCACCUAGUGGCAGGGAUUCACGGGCUGGCUCACGGUAUUAUUGGAGGCAUGACGAGCAUCAUCACCUCCACAGUAGAGGGGGUGAAGAUGGAAGGUGGAGUCAGCGGCUUCUUUUCUGGAUUGGGGAAAGGUCUGGUAGGAACUGUAACUAAACCUGUUGCUGGAGCUCUGGACUUCGCCUCAGAGACUGCUCAAACAGUACGAGACAUGGCCAGUCUCAGCAGCCACAGGCUGGGAGUGCAGCGAGUCCGAAAGCCCCGUUGUUGUAAAGGACCUCAGGAUCUGCUGCCGCGGUAUUCGGCCGUGCAGGCGGACGGUCAGGAGCAACUCUUCCGCCUCACUGACAACAUUCACUCAGAGUUCUUCAUCGCUGUAGAGCCCAUCGACACCUACAGCGUCCUCAUCUCCUCGAAGGUGGUCUACUUCCUGAAGCCGGGGGAGUACGUAGACCGUGAGGGCAUCUUCCUAGAGGUUAAAUACGACGACCUCUACCACUGUCUAGUGUCCAAGGAUCACGGAAAAGUUUAUCUACAGCUUACCAAGAAGGCAGAAAACACAACAAGUGGAGUGGCUAUUCCGGGACCCUCCCACCAGAAGCCCAUGGUGCACGUGAAGAGUGAGAGUCUGGCCAUCAAGAUCUCUCAAGAAAUCAACUAUGCCAAGAGUCUCUACUACGAGCAGCAGCUAAUGCUACCUGGCAGCGAGAACGAAGACUGCUUACUGCUUGAAUCCUGACCAGACGUUUUUAUGCUGAACUUCUCCAUAGACUAUGUGUGACUUUAUUCAGCCUGAUUCUGCUUUUGUAAAGGGACAGACCGCUAACUGGACAGAACACUGAUGCAGUUACUGCCGUCGUCCUACUGUACAUAAAGUUAAAUGGAUAAUCCAGUGUAAAUAGUGUGUUCAUAUUGGAAACAAAUAGCAGAAGGGGAUAAUGUAACCAACUGCCUUUAUUAAAUUUCUAUUUUGUGUACAAGAGGUUUAUUAGAGGAGAGGAUAAUAAAUUGCACUAAUACAUCAACUGAGAAAACACAAUUCACUCUACAAAUUCCAGUCAGACACCUUUCUGUGUUUCUACCUGUCUUUAAAGUUUUUAAUUGAGCCAAGUUUUCCUGUGUCUGUAAACUUGUCCCUCACCAACAGGGUAAUCCGUUGUUCUGGUUCAGUGUGUGCUCCACACUGUAUUGAAUAAAGAAAAAAGGCUGCAGUA